ACUCUGUCAUUUUUAACAGGUGGUCGAGCGAGGGCGGGCUGCAUUCAGAGCGGGGAAGACACGAUCUUACGAAGCGAGGAUCAAACAUCUUUCAGACUGCCAUCGCAUGAUCAAAGAGCAUCGGCAGGACUUUAUCGAUGCCAUUCACAAAGAUUUGAAAAAGCCAGCCUUUGAAUCUAAUGCGUAUGAGAUCAUGAUGGCAGAGAAAGACCUGGUUCAGUUUAUGAAUGAAUUAGAAGAUUGGAUCAAACCAGUCAAUGUGUCCACCAACCUGAUGACCGUGGGCAAGGUGGCCUACAACAUCUGGGAGCCCCUGGGCCUGUCCCUCAUCAUAGGAGCCUGGAACUACCCAUUCCAACUGGUCAUCGAGCCCCUCGUGGGCGCGAUGGUCGCGGGGAACACCGCUAUCAUCAAACCAUCGGAGCUCUCACCCGAAACGGCCCUUCUCUACGAGAGGCUUAUUCCACAGUACCUGGACAAUGACUGCUAUCAAGUUGUGAAUGGUGAUGCGAAGAUAACGACGGAGGUGCUAGCUCAGAAGUUUGAUCACAUUCUCUACACAGGAAGUGGUGUAGUAGGGAGGAUUGUGAUGACAGCUGCUGCAAAGCACCUGACACCGGUCACUCUCGAGCUUGGAGGAAAGAGUCCUGUGUAUAUCGAUUCGAACACGGACAUCAAUACCUCUGUGCGUCGGGUCACAUGGGGGCGCUACAUGAAUUGCGGGCAGACCUGUGUCGCUCCGGAUUACAUACUAUGUCACUCGAGAGAUAAUGACCAGAUACUGAAAGCGUUCAGAGCGAACAUCAAGGAGUUCUUUGGGGAUGACCCACAGAAAAACCCUGCCUACGCGAGGAUUGUCAACCAAAGGCACUUCAAGAGAAUAUCAGAAAUAUUGGAAGGUCAGAAUGUCGUGAUCGGUGGUAAGACCGAUGAAUCGGAUCUGUACAUUGCCCCCACUGUUAUACUGAACCCAAGCGAAACUGCUAAAUGCAUGACGGAAGAGAUCUUUGGCCCCAUCAUAUCUAUUUUCAAUGUAGAUACACUAGACCAAGCCAUUGAUUUCAUUAACGACAGGGAUAAACCACUUGCGUUAUAUGCCUUCUCCAACAACCAGAAGACAUUAGAACGCAUUGCUCAUGAGACAUCGAGUGGAGCCUUCGUUGGAAACGAUGUAAUUAUACAUGCUGCAAUUGAGGAAAUGCCAUUUGGAGGAGUCGGUGGAUCAGGCCAAGGGGCGUACCAUGGGAAGUUUUCCUUUGAGGUCUUCUCACACAAGAAACCAGUCCUCAUUGACAAGCACAUGUGGUUCACCGAGAAGGCACAGUCACUUCGUUAUCCCCCAUACACCCCUGGCAAGGCCUCUGUAGCAGAGUUCUUCCUGAAGAAGAGUCCAAAGAGAAAGGGUUUCUUUUACACCUUCCUCAGACUAACGCUCAUCGGCUUCCUACUCGCUGUAGUAUGCAAGGCCUUCGGUGUGGACAAGUAUCUCCCCCAGGCCCUUAAGCAGUGA